CACACCAAGACCUGGGGUAGAAAUGAAGCACCUUCUCCAAUACGUGGGUUGCUUCUUGGCUUUCUUCUCUGCCGGCUUCCUGAUUGCUGCGACUUGGACAGACUGUUGGAUGGUGAACACGGACGACUCCUUGGAGUUGAGCGCUACCUGCCGUGGUCUUUGGUGGGAAUGCGUCACCAAUGCCUUUGAUGGGAUAACCACCUGCGAUGAAUAUGACUCCAUAUUGGCUGAGCACCCAGUGAAACUGGUCCUGACCCGAGCGAUGCUCAUCACGGCUGACAUCCUGGCUGGCUUCGGGUUCACCUUCCUCCUCCUAGGUCUGGACUGUGUGAAAUUCCUUACGGACGAACCUGGAAUCAAAACCCAAAUCUGCUUCAUAGCUGGACUGGCUCUACUAACGGGAGGUGUCCCUGGGCUCAUUGGAUCCGUCUGGUACGCCAUCAGCGUCUAUGUGGAGCGCUCGACUCUGGUUUUGCACAAUGUCUUUGUGGGCAUCCAGUACAAAUUCGGGUGGUCGUGUUGGCUGGGGCUGAGCGGCUCUCUCGGAUGCUUCUUAUCUGGCUCCUUGCUAACCUGCUGCAUGUAUCUCUUCAGAGAUGUUGGUGCAAGCAGUUCGUUGCGGAAGACUUAUUCCCCUCCUGGGAUGAGCAGCCUGUACCAUCCAGCCUCCCAGACGACUACUGCCAAAAUGUAUGCCAUGGACACCAGAGUGUGAGGAAGGGGAGAUGCUGAGAGGAGAGGAGGAACUUGGCUCACCUCCUUGGUGACUUAUGGGGCUGCCCCACAUGACAGAAAGUGUGUUGCAGAGGCUGUGAUUCAGUCCCAAGGAC